GUCAUACCUAAAUGUCAAUUCGAUAUUCAAAAAGCAACGGCAAAAUAUUGGCAGUCUAAAAAUAAACAAUAAGCAUGAAUAAAAAAAUCAAUGAACUUUAACUAGCAGGUGUAGAAAAACAGUGGAAAAAUGGAACCUUCAAAGGAAGCAAUAGCUGUGCGUAUAGCACGAUUAAAUCGACAAAUACUAGGCAAAGCAACAAGUGGUGUAAGUAGAAGCAAGAAAACAGUGGACCGAGAAGCAUUGUUGGACGCACUUACAGUAUUAUACGAUGAAUGUAACGAUGAUCCUAUCAAGAAAACUGAUGAAUUGGUUCGGGCUUUUGUGGAUAAAUACCGCAGCACUUUGGCAGAACUGCGAAGGACUAGAGUUUGUAUUUCUGACUUUGAAGUAGUUCAAACCAUUGGACGUGGAUAUUUUGGGGAAGUAAAUAUGGUGAGAGAAAAACAAAGUGGUGAUGUAUAUGCCCUAAAAACAUUACGCAAGGAACAAUCACGGAAACGUGCCAUUGCUUGCACUGAAGAUGAGAGGGAUGUGUUGGCAUCAACGACUAGUCCUUGGAUCCCACGUUUGCAGUAUGCUUUUCAGGAUAGCAACAAUUUAUACUUAGUAAUGGAGCUAUGUUCCGGUGGAGAUCUUGCCGGGCUGAUGUCUCGUCGAAACCAUCCAUUAUCAGAACGAGAUGCAGCAUUCUACAUUGCCGAAGUUGCACAUGCUCUGAAAGCACUGCAUGGGAUGGGUUACAUACAUAGAGAUGUCAAGCCCCACAACAUAUUUAUUGAUAGAUGUGGUCACGUGAAGCUGGGCGACUUCGGUUCGUGCCUGCGCCUGUCGGGCGGCGGCGGCGCGUCUGCCGCGGUGGUGGCGGGCACGGCGGACUACGUGGCGCCGGAGCUGCUGGCGGCGGCGGACUGCGCGGCUCGGCACACUGUGUGUCUGCAAUACUGUCGCGGGAUACACGACCAGCCCAUUACGGCGUGCGAUUACUGGUCACUGGGUGUAGUUGCAUUCGAAUUGGUGACUCUGAGAAGACCAUUCUCUUCGGACGACGAAGAUUCCGUGAUGGACGUUCUCAAUAACAUACAAAAGUACGAACGUGAAGAUGGUGCCCCUCCGUUCGCCCCCCUUCCCAGCGGCCCGUCCGCCGAGUGGCGCGCGCUCGUGGGUGGCCUGCUGCGGGUGUCGGUGUCGCGCCGCUACAACUACCUCGACACUCUGCAGCACCCCGCUCUAGCGCACCUGCCCGUGCACAAUGUCCGCGAUCAGGUGCCUCCGUGGGUGCCCUGUGUCCGCGGCGCAGAGGAUGCGUCGUUCUUUCAUCCACCAGAACGAAGAGCCCCCUCACCGUCGGCCACGCCUUUUCGAUCGCGUCCACCGUUCGCUGGACAAUUACCCUUUGUUGGUUAUUCGUACGUAGCUAUUGACGUAAAUGAUGACAGCACCGGCGGCUUCAACGCAUCCCAUGACUGCACCGCUAUAGAUUUAGCAACGUUUAAAUCAGCGGAAAAAUUAGCGAUAAUGCGCGGUAAAGAGAUAGCGUCGCUGCAGACUAAGUUGGCGGCUGCGGAGGCGGGCGCGCUGGCGGCGGCGGAGCGCGCGCGCCGGGAGCUGGAGGCCGACGCCGAGCGGCUGCGGCUCCGGCUGCAGGCCGACAUCACGGCGCUCAGUCUGCAGAACCGACGACUCGAGCGACAAGUGGAAGUGGAAAAGGAAGAACGCAUGGUCCUCCAGCGGACGAACCAAGAGCUGAGCUCUGGUAUCGCAGAGCGCACCGGCGCCGAGCUGCGGGGAGCCAAAACUGAAAUUGCCAGCUUAGUUUCUGAAAGGGAUGAGUUGAAGCAAAACGUGCGAGAAUUGGAAACGAGGGUGGUGGAACUCCAGGGUGAAUGUGCUAGAGCGCUGGCCAGUGCUGAGACACAGAGGCUACAACACCAACAUUACAAGAACAUAAGACAACACGUUCAAGAAUUACGUCAUCGAAGAUUAACAGAGAUCAAUGUGAAGGCUAUUGAUUCAGUAGCGAAGGAGCGUGCGAUCCGCCGACAAACUCUAAGCGGGGGAGAGGCGGAGAGUCGUGAGGCGGCCGCCCGUCUCGCCGCCGCCGAAGCCGCCACGGCUCGGGAACAACGCGCUAAAGAACUACUAGAAAAACAUUUGUCUAGCAUUCAAGAAGAGAACAGAUGUCUUCAGGCCGAACUUGAUGAGACCAGGAAAGAAUUGGCUGCUGUAAAGGCAACUCUCGGUGAAAAACAACGUAUGAAAGAAGCUACAUCCGAUGAACUAAAGGACGUUCAACAACAGUUGGCUCAAGAAAGGCUGCGGGUGUCCACCCUCGUAGCACAAGUUCAGGAGCUGGAACGUGGCAUCGAAGAAGCUGUGAAACGUGAAACAGCUUUAGAAGAACAAAGCGCUCGCACAGAGUCGCGACUCAACGAGAGACUCGCUGAAGCCAACGCUCGAGCCACUAACACUUUGCAGGAAGAUGCUAGGCACCGUGAGAAGGUGAACACUCUAGAGCAACUAGUUCGUCAACUAGAACGUGAGGUGACAGCCCUGGAGAGCCGCACGUGCAUGCGGUGCUCGGCUCGCGACGACGCGCGGCGGGACGCGGACGACGAGGCGGCGCGGCGGGCGGACGGCGCCGACGCACACAGCGACACGGAGAGCCUCGCCGACGCCGCGCAUGCGCAACUCGCCUUGCUCAAGGAACAGCUCGAGAGGGCCGAGAAACAAUUGCAGACAAAAGCUGAAGAAAUAGCAACACUCCGUCAAGAAGCCAGAGCAGCGAAUUUGGCAAGAUGGCGCAAGGAACGUGAGUUCAAUGAACUAUCGGUAGAUGCAAAAUCCACCGCUCGGGACUUGAAGCGUGUUGAAGAGCGCCUGUCCAAUGCUAUAGAGGCCCGGAAGACUGCCGAAAGGAAGUGUGCUGACUUGCAAACCGAAAUAGCAUCCGUUAAACCGAAAUAUGAACAAGCGAGUAAGGACUUGGAUAGAUUGAAACAGCAGCUUGAAAAACUACAGAAAACCCAUGAGAUCGCGCAAGUUGAAGUUGACAGGUCGCGUAACGACAUCCGCAAGCUGAAGAGCGAGCUGCAGUACAGCGAGAAGCGGCGCCUGCACGCCGAGGAGCAGGAGGAGCUGUCCAGCCGGGAGCGGGCGCAGCUGCGGGACGAGCUGCACGAGCUGCGACACAGGAACACCGAACUGUUUGAGAAUAAUAAGGCCUUACAGGAGGCCUGCAGUGUGUUAGAAGAACAACUGACAGACUUGGAAAAACUCACCGAUAUACAUGAACUAAAAAACAAAGAUCUGGAGAAUGAGCUACAACGCGCACGUUCGGAAUUAGACUCGUGUCGAACACGACUAUGUGAGGUUGAAAAGCAGGCGGCGGAGCGCGGGGCGGCGGCCACGCUCGCCGGCACACUGCACGAGGAGGCGCAGGAACAAGCCAAGCAUGCCCGGGAUCAACUGCAGAUGCUGCGGGAACGUCUGGACAACCGCGAGGAGCAGGUGGUGGCGCUAGAGGGGCGCGUGGCGGAGCUGGAGAGCGCGCGGCUCGGCGCCGACAGCACGCUGCAGGGCGCCGCGCGCCGCCUGCGCGACCUGCACGAGGAGUGCGCCGCGCUGCGCACCCGCGCGCACCAGCACCACGCGCACGCGCUGCAGCUGCAGGCCGCGCUGGCCGACGCGCAGGAGGAGUUAGCGGCGGCUCGGGAAGCUGCUGAAGCCGCAACGGCCUGGUGGCGCACCAGGGAAACCAAAGCUGACGCUACGCUGCGACAACAAGCCAAACUAAUCGACUUCCUACAGGCCAAAGUGGAGGAAGCUAAUCGCAAAAAGUGUUCGCUGAGCAAUAAAUUGUUCGGUCGAUCCGGGCGGAGGUCAGCCGCUUCACCACCACUGCGACGUGCCAAUAGAGAACUACGCGAAGAAGUAGAAAGACUACGAGCCAAACUCGCCUCUAGUGCCAGCGACGUCAAUUGUCCUCCUACACCGAAAACAAGCAAUUCAAAAACUAAAUCCUCAGUUAACGGAUUGAAGAAAUACAUAGACACCCCAGAUGGAGUUGAAGAUAAUUCCGUGGAGAUAGUAUGGUCGGACGGCGGACGCGACACGAUGGCGGCGCGGUGGUCGGACGGCGCGUUGAGACUCGCGGGCGGCGGGCGCGAGCUGCGAGCCACGCUACUGUCUCCCGACGCUAAGAACUUACCGCAGACCGAAAUUAAUAGGGCGUUUACGGUUAAGCUUGAGAAUUCGGUCAGAGGGAGCGAGGCCACGGUCGUGUGCUCCACUAUAACUGACAGAACGGAAUGGAUUUCUAAAUUACAAGCGAUUCCUGCUCCGACGCCUGGGUACAUGCCGACCGUCCUAGCGCGACUGGAAACGAAGCCAUUCUCUGCACUGUACUUCGCGCCAGAUGUCGUCGCCAUCGGUUGCUCGGAGGGCCUGCGCUCGUUGCGCGGCUGCGUGCAGGUGGCGGGCGCGGGGCGCGUGGCGGCGCUGCAGCUGUGCGGCGGGCGCGCGGUGCUGCUGCGGCGCGGCGCGGUGCUGCACGCCGCCCGCCCCGCGCUGCUCUCCGCCCUGCGCCGCGCCGCCAGCCUGCGCCCCGCACUGCCCGUCACCGAGCUCACCUUGCCAGACGCUGGAACUCCGCACAUUAUUAAGUGCCUCGCGAAGGACGUGACGUCGGGUCCCUGCGCGGCCGUCGCCUGCGGGAAGCGAGUGUUUCUGCUGCGCUUCGACGGCCCGUCUUCCGAGUUCAAGGUGUGUCGCUCGCUCUCGGUGGACCGCGCGCCGCUCUCGCUCCUGCUCACCGAUGACACCCUUUACAUUGCCGCCGAGAGACCCCUAAAAGUGAACUUACCAUCCGGCCCCCUCGAACCGUUCGCAGCGGAGGAUUCAAGCAUCGCUGCCGCAGCUAAAAACGGCUCUCCCCCUAGAGCCAUACUGUUAAUCCGACAGAACCCCGUUGAGAUUCUGCUCUGUUACGCUGAAUGUGGUGUCUUCGUCGAUGACAACGGUCGACGUACACGCAACGAAGAUCCCAAAUGGAGUCUGGCAGUCCACGAGUGGGAAUUCGUCACUCCGUUCUUAUACGUCGUAGGAGAGGAGAAAGUGACUAUUAUUUACAUAAAUGAUGAAGCCUAUAAAGCUCCGCCUUGCACAUGUGACACUGACUCGUUGACGUCGAGCGCGUCUGAAUGCUACUCGCCCCAAAUUUUUAACUUAAAACUUCUGGAGCCGACCUUGUUGGGCACGACCCAGAGUGGAAUAAUUCUAAGAACGAGAGACGAGGACGGCUACAAAGUCUCCCUACUGGAUGGCAUGGCCGCGUUUAGGAGUAUCGGUGCGUCGGUUGAAUCAUUAGAUACUGUAUCAGCUAAAGGUUCGUCUACAGAUUUGGCUCAAUCAAUGUCUGACUUAUCUCCGCAAGAUGUCUCUCAAGAAAGUGUCGAAGCUCACACGGGGUUCUUGGCCGAUAUAAGAAUGAGAGCACGGCAGCUUCGCGAGAAACAACGUAAAGAUAAAUCGCCCGACGAUGUCAUUAAACAAAUAUUGACCACAGAAGUUGGCCUCAAACGGCUAUCAAAGGGACGCAAAUCUCCGGUUUCGACCUCUGAAUUUGAUUCAGACUCGACUGAAAGUGAAGAAAAGACGACCGAGUCCUCAAAACACACGGCGGAUAUUUGUGCGGAAAUGUUUACUAGACAAGUUCGUUUUCAGUAAAACGAACAACAUUACAAUAAUAUAAGAAUAUUUUGUUGUCAAGUUUCAUUUUACUGUUCGACUAAGUUAAAUGUAAUUUUAUAUUGCAUAUUAAUGUACCUUAAUCUAGAUGUUGUAGCGAAAGAAUAUAGCCAAAAAUUACUUAAAACCAAAACUGGUAAAAUAUUUGUCCUAACUCAUAAACUACGACGACAAAUGUCUUUCUUGAUGGUACUUGUAUUAAUUUUAUUCCAUUAUUUAACAUUAGCGUAGAAAUUUGAAAACUAAUUAUAAAUGACUUAUGCUGUUUUGGCUUUCAUAAAAUCUCUGUACCUGAUUUUAAUGCUAAGGUUACUUAAAAUAUAAUGUCUCAGUUCGAGAAAUCUUCUACUUCCAAUUUGUAAUUGUAAUUAUUUAAUUAAUUUUAGAUGGCAGUGUUAUCAUCUGAUUGCGCAACAAAAACUUUUUAUUAUUUAUUUUUAAUUUUAAGAAAUGGUUUAGUUUGUAUGCACGACAUUUUAAUGAUUUUCUUAAGUAUGCAGAAAAUUUUGGUACUUUCUAUUUUGCUUGAAUUUACGUUGUAAUUGUAGAAUUUUGUCGGUUUUUUACUUAAUACGUCUGUGAUUUCGUAUAUAUUAGCUUUUAUCUUUAUUGUGUUUUACUGUAAACAUUAUAUGUUAUUAAAAUGUGCAUUCUGAAUAAA